AUGGAAGAAGAGGAUCUUUAUGAAACGCUUGGUGAUGCAACUUCAAUGAGCACACACAUGCUUGCUGGAGCUGCGGCCGGUAUCAUGGAGCACUCUGUUAUGUAUCCUGUUGAUUGCGUGAAGACAAGAAUGCAGUGUCUGAUGCCAGAUCCAAAAGCCGACUACAGAAGUGUUGCAGAUGCUCUAAAAAAGAUUGUUCGGCAUGAAGGCAUUAGGAACACAGUUCGGGGAUUCAGUGCUAUGGUCACCGGUGCCGGCCCUGCCCAUGCAAUGUACUUUGCCUGCUAUGAAAAGGGAAAAGAAGUUUUAAGUGGAGGAAAGCAGGGAAAUCAUCUUGCACAUGGUCUAGCGGGGUGUACGGCAACAUUGCUUCAUGAUGCAGUUAUGAAUCCCGCAGAUGUUGUCAAGCAACGCAUGCAGAUGUAUGGCAGCCCGUACCAAUCCACAUGGCUGUGUUUUCGAGAAAUCUUACGGAAAGAAGGAAUGGGCGCUUUUUACAGAAGUUAUACAACUCAACUCACCAUGAACAUACCCUUUCAGUCAAUUCAGUUCAUGGUCUACGAAUGUAUGCAGGACUUGCUGAACGGAGAAAGGAACUACGAUCCAAAAUCUCAUAUUAUAGCAGGUGCUACUGCAGGAUCAGUGGCCGCCUGUAUCACUAUGCCUCUAGAUGUGUGCAAGACUCUGCUGAAUACUCAAGAGCAUUGUACAAGGACACAUUUAACUUACAUUAGUGGCAUGGCUUCUGCAUUUAAGACAGUGUAUGAGUUUUGUGGCAUCACAGGAUUCUUUCGAGGACUCUCCGCGCGAGUUAUCUAUCAGAUGCCGUCAACAGCAAUAUCGUGGUCAGUGUAUGAGUUUUUUAAGUAUGUUAUUCAUCAGCGGAAGCAACAGAUGCAUGAGGACAGGUACCUGAGACCUAACAUGCAUAUAUCAGCUGCUACUGCCAGCACAACAGCCACAAGGUAG